UUUUAGCUCAUUUUGCAGUAGGAUAUAAUUUUGAUUGGCUUCCUCGCCGUCUGUUUCCGGCACACGUUUAUUGUCUGAACAGACGCCCACCUGUUCCUUAUUCACUUCACGUGAAGGUUUUUCUAAGUUUUUAGAAGGAAGUGUGGCUCGGGACAGUCUUUCUGGCUUCACGUAACUCCUCAAACCUUCGACUCCCUACGACACGGCUACCCUCUUUUUCACAUGCCUUUUCACAUGGUACUUGCUUUUUAUCACAGCAACUACCCCAGAACUCAGCUUGGCAAGGAUAUGAUGGUAUUAAAAGGAUGUAGAGCAGUCCUGUUGAAAGUGAGCUGCAUCAAGCUGGUCCUUUGCCUAGAGCCUGACAAAUGUCACAUACUGGAGCCCCUGUGCAUUUGCUGUGACGCCCUGUGACAGUUUGGUCGACCGUUAGGGUGAUGCUGAUGCUGCCGAUCUGGAAACCACACUUGAGAAACCACGUGUCCCAUGGGAAGCGGCACGAGCCGGCUCUACAGCGCUCUCACCAAGACCCUGGACGGCAGCUCCGCCUCCCAGCACCCAGAGUAUCUGGUGGCCCCCGACCCGGAACACCUGGAGCCCAUUGACCCUAAAGAGCUCCUUGAGGAGUGCAGGGCCGUCCUGCACACGCGGCCUCCCCGCUUCCAGCGGGGUUUCGUGGAUCUGAGGGCCGAUGGCCCCAGUAGUAGCCACACACCCAUCCGGGUCAUGCAGUGGAACAUCCUUGCCCAAGCUCUUGGAGAAGGCAAAGACAACUUUGUACAGUGCCCUCUUGAAGCACUCAAGUGGGAAGAGAGGAAAUGUCUCAUCCUGGAAGAAAUCCUAGCCUACCAGCCCGAUAUACUGUGCCUCCAAGAGGUGGACCACUACUUUGACACCUUCCACCCCCUCCUCAGUAGACUGGGCUAUCAGGGCACGUUCUUCCCCAAGCCCUGGUCACCUUGUCUGGAUGUGGAACACAACAACGGACCAGAUGGCUGUGCCUUGUUUUUCCUCCAGAACCGAUUCAAGCUAGUCAACAGUGCCAACAUCAGGCUGACGGCCAUGACGUUGAAAACCAACCAGGUGGCCAUUGCCCAGACCCUAGAGUGCAAGGAGUCCAGCCGACAGUUCUGCAUCGCCGUCACCCACCUGAAGGCUCGCACUGGCUGGGAGCGAUUUCGAUCGGCUCAAGGCUGUGACCUUCUCCAGAACCUGCAGAGCAUCACCCAGGGAGCCAAGAUUCCCCUCAUCGUUUGCGGGGACUUCAACGCAGAGCCGACAGAGGAGGUCUACAGACACUUCGCCUCCUCCAGCCUCAACCUGAACAGCGCCUACAAGCUGCUGAGCGCGGACGGGCAGUCGGAACCUCCGUACACGACCUGGAAGAUCCGGACCUCGGGCGAGUGCCGCCACACUCUGGACUACAUCUGGUAUUCCAAGCACGCGCUCAGCGUGAGGUCGGCCCUGGAUCUGCUCACGGAGGAGCAGAUUGGACCCAACCGCCUGCCGUCCUUCAAUUACCCUUCAGACCACCUGUCCCUAGUGUGCGACUUCAGCUUUAACGAGGAACGUUGACGGACAUUUAUACGUGCUUGUCUGUGUCUCCUUCAUCCCAAGUCUUAACCAGGGACGUUUCAGGAAGCUGAAAUGAGAUGAGAGGUUGACUGAGGAAGGCCCCCCAGUUCCUCUCACUUCGGUUUCCAUGUCUCCAGCAUGCCCUUGGGAAGGAACCCCAUUUGCUCACAAACCUUUUCCAUUAAAACCUACAGCGAAAAAGGUGUUUGCACUCCAGGUUUGGUUUGUAUUGUUUUCUUUCCCUUAGCGUUAAUUACAUUUUGAUCCUUUAAGGGCAUUAUAUUUGGCUUUGUUCGGAAGCUCUUUCAGUUUCAGGAUCCUGUAUUGAAAUAGACUUGCUCGAGUCCCCUGUAAUUAACAAGUGUGCAGGAACAGUUUCUCUAGACAAGGUUUCCAGUUAUUUAUUUGUGGUUUUUUAAAAAUAUCAACAAGUCAUGCAUGGCAAUAUUUAUUUUUUUUUAUAUUUUCGUGUAAAAUUAAGUAAAUAAAUUAUAGCAUUAUGAACAUUUAAAAACCAUGCAAAACAUAAGUUAUAGAGUAAUUUAUAGUAAUCUUCUUAAAACGUUAAAGAUGUUCUUACUUGGGGUCUAAUAAAAUCGUAGUGUACAAAGGAACCGUUUAGGCUGGAGGGGUUUUUGCUUGCUAUUUAAGUGGAAAUAUCAGUUCUCCUUGAUACAUUCUUCACAAAUCCUUGCUGUGUCUCCGUGUCCCCCAUUAUUAUGUUUCUUGAAGAAAUUCCAUUUCUGGUUUUCCAUCGGAAUGCUGUCGGUGUACAUUUGCGGUCACUCAGAAGUGUCAUUAUAUGUAUUGAAUAUGCUUUGCACAGUAGGUCGUUUAGGAGCUGUUAUGUGGCAGUGGCUAAGUCAGUGGGACCUUCUUUUCAGAGAUGGGAAACUAUUUCUAGCCUGUUAAUGAGGCUGUCGUUGAGAUUUACUAAGAUAGCCAGGUGACUGGUUUAAAACAACUAGAAAGCGGGAUAUAGAGUUAGAAAGAUAACCCGGAAUUCUCUUCCCUCAGAAAUAAAAGUGGUAAAGAUAACAGGUGAAACCCCUUCCUAACAAAAAUCCCCCAAAAAUAGCCCACUGGUAAUAAAUGGAUAGAUGUUUUAACCCAUGAGUUGUAAAUAUUUAAGAUCAAUCAAUAAAUGGUCUUUUAAAGCCA